AUGUCGUAUCAAGGCCAUUGCAAUUGCGAGAGUAUUCGCGUCACUCUUCCCUCACAACCUCCGAGCUCAACUGUUUGCCAUUGCGAUUGUUGCAAGCGAGCAGGCGGUGGUCCAUUCUCUAUCAACUACUUUGUCGAUGAGGAUGAAUUAACCGUCGACGACCCGAAUACGAAGUUGAAGAUACACGAGGACAAGAAGUCUGUCAGUGGUAAUGCUGUGAAGCGUCAUUUCUGUUCCAGCUGUGGCAGCCCAGUGUACACCAGAACCCCCAAGGCCCCUGGAAAAGUCUUCCUGAAAGCUGUCUUGUUUGACACUAUCUCCCCUCCUACAGCUGAGAUCUUUACCAAUAAACAGUACCAGUGGGUAACUCUUGAGCAGGGAGAAAAGCAAGUAUGA